GGCAAUUUUGACUUGACAACGACUGCGCCGAUAACGACAACACAACAACAACAACCAACCAACCCCCAAGCCCUCAAGAAGCAAACAUGAGCAGCGGCCACGAUGUUGGCAGGGAAAUGGCCAGUGUCCUCACUGCGCCAGAGGCUGAAAUGUAUGUGGAAGCGCUCAAAGUCAUCCCCAUCAAGAAGAUCGGGCAGCCAGCGUGGCUGCGACAACACGAGAUGCUGGAGAAGCUGAACAUGCAGGCGCACGUGAAUGCCAUGUUGAAUCAGGACGACUUCAUCAAGGAGGCCUUCAUCAGUUUUGAUAAGGCGAAUGUGCUCAUCUACGAGCUUGUGGUGAUGGAGGUGUGGCGAGAAAAGGUGAAGCCGCUGCUGGAGGACAUGGGGUAUGCCAAAUCCAGCACCAUGACCCCAUACAUUGUGCAAUACCACGAGGCGACGGUGGUGAAUCUGCUGGAGGCGCUGACGUACUCCAGGGACUUUGUCGAGGCGGCUGCAGACAACAUUGUCGAUGUCAUCGAUUACUGCAACCGCGCCCUUCAGUACCUCAACUCAAGGACCGAAGAGGAAAUUGAAGAGGAGCGACGACUUGAAAAUCUUCCAGCGAAAGACUUUGCAGACAUGUCAUCGCCAGAGCAACUGCGAUACCAGACGCGCGAUCUUCGCUUCCAGAUUGCUGUCCGUGCCGUCUCCAUCCUCCGCUACAUCACAGACCACAUCACAUGCUUGCCACUGAGUGCAACCACCCGCAUCCUCAACACACACGACAUGCCGUGUGCGCUGGUUGAGCUGGCGGUGCAUCCGCCCUGGGUUCGAGAGGUUGACGGCCGUGUCGAGAAGCUGCAGGAAAACCAGAAGUGGGAGCCCAUUGCUCCCAGCGAACGCUUGCAACUCAGCAAAUAUGAGGCCCAGGUCUGGUUGGCACUGUACAAUUUGUUGAUGGAACCUGAAUGCCGACGCAAGUAUCAGUUCAACACAUACAACAAGAACCAGAUCUUGCGGCUGCGUGCAUUUCUCAACGAUGUGAUCCUGGACCAGAUUCCGCCGCUGACCGAAUUGCGCCGCUCACUGGAAGAGCUUUCCAUCAUGCAGCCGCCCGCCGCAGAGGCAAAUGUCGUCAUCGAACAGAUGCCUGAGCUUCGCGAGCAUGUGUUGGGCACGGGCAAGGGCGGCUGGCGACCGGUUGCUGAACAUCAGAUGAAGAAGGUUUUCAAUGACAACGAGGACACUAUGCGGAGACAAGCGCAAGCGUUGGCAGCCACGUACAAUGUUGACACACUGGAUGCGCUCUUCCCUGAGGCGCCCAAGUGCGCUGUGUGUGGUGAGCCCGCCACGAAGCGUUGCUCAAAGUGCAAGAACGAGUGGUACUGCCGCAGGCAAUGUCAGGUGGAGCACUGGCCCAAGCACAAGAAGCUGUGUGCAACCAUUGCCAGCGGUGCCAAGACACCCGCUUCAUAAUGCGUCUGUGUCAAUGUCUGUGUGUGUGUGUGUGUGUUUCUGGGCAUAAAACCACGAAAGCAAC